AUGAAAGGUUAUGCUGACAAAAGAAGGAAUGCCAAGGAGAGCAAUUUAUCUGAAGGAGACAAAGUGUUGUUGAAACAGUAGCGCAUCAACAAGUGGACAACAGCGUUUGAAAGUCAACCGUAUCAAGUAAUUGAUAAACACGCGAACAGUGUAUUGGUCGAGUCACCCGAAGGUGUUCAGUAUAAAAGCAACAUAACUUAUGUUAAACCGUUCCAGGAAAGAGAAAGUGGUUCAGAGGAAAUCGAAAUAUCAACGACAGUACCUGAAGUACCUCCAGAAGAAAGUGUUCUACAGCAAGCGAAGGGAGAAACAUCAUCUGCAGGGGAAACAUCAUCGCAAGGUGGUCGUGAUGGGCGAGUGCCAAAUGGGGACUCUAACCAAACAGCAGAAAGUGUGCCAUUCAAAUCCCAAGACCUGUGCGUACCAGACGUGCGCCAAAAAGAUAUGGAGAUUAUGUUAUGA